AUGAAGUAUGAUAGUAUGACAUCAGCAGAAAUAAGCAAAGACAAAAAUCAACUCCAGCCACUGACAGUGGAAAAACAACCCAAUGGAAAACAUCUGCAAACAGAUGUGAAUAAGCAAUUAGGUGGCUAUGUGUGUGAUGCAGCACUUAUGCUUCUUCAGGACAAAUGGGAAUUUAUUGCAAGGAACAUUCACUGUGAAAUGAAGAAAAAGUUUGCAGAUAUAGCCACCUUUAUAGAACUUCUGGGUGCGCAGAAUAAUUAUAACAUGCAAAAGAUCAAGGAGAUUUUCUACAAGAUGUAUAGGUGUGAACUAGAUGAUGCAGCAGAGAAGGAAGUGCACGGCCAUUUUCAGAAGAUAAUUGCUUUAUUGCUGAAGACAGACAGAGAUGAAUCAUUUAAAGUAGAUCAUCAGAAAGUUGAAGAAGAUGCCAAGGUUCUAAGAGCAGCUGGAGUUGGGAUUAAGUAUGCCUCAGAUGCAGCAGUAUUGUUCACCUUCCUUAAUAGUCGAAGCUACAGUCACCUUAAAAAAAUGUUUGAAGCAUAUCAUAGAUUAACUGGGAAGACCAUUCAAGAAAAAAUACAAAAUGAAUACAUUGAUGGAACAGAGCAAUAUUUCUUGUUGUGUCCUCAUGUUUUAACCAGCAGAUUUCCUUCACAGAAUGAGCAGCUGUGCGAUAGAUCAGCAAUGGGUCUCUAA